UACAAAACCACCUGUAUCAGGCGAGCCAGAGUGGCGCGGAACGCUUCCUCUGAUGUACGCAAGACGGAACGAUUUUUUCACACUCUAUCCUUUUCAAACAGUAGUAUCGAAAGUAUGUCGUCGGAAUUGGUCACGCCCUCGGUCCCGUUGGUUCCUGGAUUCACCAAGCUCACCCCUCUUGACCAAGUCGAACCUCGAUGGCUCUCUCAACUAAUCUUUGUCUUCGAAGUUGAAUCUCCAGACUAUCAAGAUGUGAUUGAACAAGAUCUGAAAGAUGGACUUGCUGCGACGAUAGACGAGAUGCCAUUUCUAGCAGCGCAAGUAGUGCCCAGCGAUGAAGCUCGUGGCUCAGUUCAGAUGGAGAUUUCCGAGGACAGCGGCGUCUGGUUUUACACACAGAAUAUCCCGGAACUUAAUUACAGCACCCUUAGUCACCGAGGGUUCCCGCCAUCUUGUCUUUCGGUGGUUGAUCUGAUACCAGAGCCGAGAAUGUAUGACUGGAAUUGCAGUCCUGUUCUUGUGAUGCAGGCAACCUUUAUAUCCGGCGGACUACUACUGGGCGUGAGUUUGCACCAUUCCGUGGUUGGUGGUAGAGGUGUGUCCGUAUUCGCAAAUGCGCUCAGCAAAAACGUGGGGGCUAUAUCGGAGGGCAAGCCUGUCUCACAAAUUUCGAAGCAGAAUUCAUCUUUCGAUAUACAUGGUUUUGGAAGCGUGGAAAUGAAUAUCUCUGAGUUUCCCAGUUGUCGCAAAAUAGAACACGGCUGGCGUGUUGACUUCCAGCGGGAACUCCUCAGGAUUGAUCUGACGGGCGACAGCGAACACCCCAAGUUUAAUAUCUUACAGAAGAUGACGAUUUCGUGUUGGUCAAUUUCUCUGCCAGUGUUGAGAAGUUUGGGUCAGAGUGCUCCGACGCCCGACGAGCCUGUCCUUACCACCAGCGCCAUGAUCAGUGCAUUGAUCUGGCGUCAUUUCACGCGCGCCCGGAAUUUAUCAUCACGCGGAUUCAAGUCAACGAGAAUUGUGAACAUUGUCGAUAUCUCGAAGCGAUUACAACCCCCCCUUUCAGACAGUUAUCCAGGAAAUUCAGUUGUGUGGGCCUCUUCAACUAAAGAUGUCUUGAAAGUGGAGUCUGGAGCGCCGUUAUAUGAACUGGCGAAAACCAUUACGGACUCCAUCCAGUGGUGGAACUCUGAGAGGAUCCGGGGUUUUUUCGGAGCUGUAGACACACUGCCUCAUGUUGCAAAGCUAGAACCAGCAGUCGAUACCAAUCUCGGUCCUGAUGUGAGUAUCACUGAUAACUCCUCGUAUGGCGGCAUGUAUGAUAUGGAAUGGGGCCCCGACCUGGGAAAAGCAACGUGCCUAAGGUUUCCAAAUAUCCGCAUACAAGAUGGUCAGGUCAGUAUACUGCCUUCUAUUGAGACUGAGCAGAUAGACUUAAUGAUCUCGCUGGAAGAAACCACCCUGGCACGUCUACGCCAAGAUGAAGAGUGGAGGGCGAUUGCAAAAGAGCAGAUUUAGGCUGCAUUCGUCUUUAGAUUGCUUUAUCUAGAACCAAAGCCCUCUUUUAGAGAACAAAGUUCACGCUCCAACUUGAAUAUAAAAAAAAAGGAAUCUGGGCGCCCGUGUUUAAAGAGUGAAAUCUCCUGCUCACGUGACCAAUAUCAUGUAUUAUACCUAGGUACCUACAUAAGUAUGUACCUUAUAAGAACUGUUGCGCGCUGUGAUGGUGCAAGCCUAGUGACCUAGCACAAUAUUCCGGACCGAGAAAAGUCUAGAAUGCGACGAGCUCACAAGACACUUCGGUAGGACACAUAGAAGGUACAAAAACGCAAAGCAUUGCACGACGUAAUGAGAUGUAAGAUUGGGUAAAGAGAAACUGAUACCCAAAAAAGUGAGACUGGUGCUUAAAUGAGCAAAGAAUUGUGAAUUCCCACCACGAAUAUGUUGACGAAUCAUGCCGGGUUCACCAACGUGCCCAAGUUUCGG